AACACUAAGUAGUAUAACACAGCAAAUGGAUGAAACCGAGCUAAUCAAAUUAAUAAAGAACUGCCCAAUCCUGUACGAUAAGGAUAGUGCACGCUGCGCGAAGAAUGCAGCGCUGAAAGACGCAGCAUGGAAGUCCAUAUCCCAGAAGAUUGGUGCCUCAGAAAGAGCCUGCAUCACACGAUGGAAGAGCAUCAGGGACCGCUUCGGAAAGGAGUUCCGUCGCUUACGUACGUCGCCAGAAGUGCCUACGUACUGGGACAUGUUUCCGCACCUACUGUUUCUCAAGGACCACUAUAAGCAGGGCCAGGUCAGGCAUGAGAGUCUGGAGGGGAUUAAAUUUGAACCCAAAGUGAGGAAAAAACGCAACAUAUUGUAUACCGAACAUGAGAAAAAUCCUAAAGACGAGGAGGAAGAUUGCAAAGGUGAUAUGCUAAGCGAGCUGAUAGAGCUGGUCAGAAUUCAUCCCGUUCUGUAUGACAAGGACCAGAUACGCAUUUCCAAGAACCUGUCUGCUAAGAAUGAGGCUUGGCGGGAAAUCUCGGAACGCUUGAAUGUGUCGGAGGUGAUCUGCUUCAACCGUUGGAAGAAGUUGCGCGAACGAUUCGCGCGAGAGUACCGAAACCAGCAAAUUAAUCACUCGAUGCCCAUUACCUGGAAGUAUUUCGAUGAGAUGCUUUUCUUGGGCAGGCAUUUUCGUAAGGGAGUUCCCCUGGUCAUAGACAACAUCAAGAAGCGAGGACGCCCACCUAAGGCGAGGAAUCAGACCGGCAGUCCCGUCAAGCAGCCGACUAGCGUCAGCAUUGUAAAUGGGCAGCAGAUAUGGGGCGCCGAUUAUCCCUAUAGCACGGAUAAUGACGAGCAGGAGAACGAUCUGGAGCUGAGAUACGAUGAACCAGAAGAGAUUGAGUUCGCACCAGAACCGGAGCACACAACCGCCUACGAUUUCAUUCUCACCGAGACAGCUCCCUCUCAGCAGCUGGCGCCGGGUGUGAGCGUCGAGCUCUUGCCAUGCAACGAGAGCUUCGACCUGGCCAGGGAGAGUGCUGCUGUGCAGGACGUGGCCGUUGUCACAGAGGUUGACACUCCCGCCCCCACACCUGACAAACUCCUCGACCAUGUUAUAGCCAACAUGGAGACUGUCCUUCAGCAGUCACGGGAGCUCCAGACGCAGCUUCAACACGAGCAGCACCAUCCCCCCGCUAUUAGGAGCCUGUUGGACAAGGCUCAGAUGCUGCUGGACGGCCUCAGUCCGGAACAACGGUCGAGUGCAGUGCGACAGAUAGGACAGUUCGUUCAUCAGUGCCAGAUCAAGGCACUGGAAGGGGAGGUGAUCGAGGAUCUCACUCACUUAUCAAGUGUUUAAUUGUUAAGAAGGGUUCGGAAGGGGUUAGUUUUAAGAUAUAAUGAUAACAUUUGCCAAACACAACACUUUUGAGCCAAUGUAAAAUAUAAUGAAUGCAUAUGAU